AUGGCAAGUUUCAACAGCCUAAGAUGGUCUUUAAAGGGUAUGAACGCCCUCGUAGUUGGAGUUGGUGGAAAUAAAGGCAUCGGAUAUACCAUGGCAGAAGAGCUUGCCGGACUUGGAGCGACCGUACAAUAUGCCUGUUCUAGUGACCAAGCACCGUUUUAUGAGAGGAAUCAAGAAUGGGAAAGUAAAGGAGUUAAAGUGACCGGCUCAGUUUUUGACCUCAAAUCUACAACUCAAAGAGAGAACCUCAUGAACACAUUCUCAUCUGCUUUUGAUGGCAAGCUUAACAUCCUUGUAAAGAAAAAUUUGGAAUUUCCAAGUAUUAUGAGAACUUGGGCAAUAAAAAGUAGUAUGAGGAACACCAUUGUUGACUAUCCCUACCGUCUUUCUCUACUUGCAUACCCUCUCUUGAAAGCUUCAGGAAAUGCAAGUGUUGUAUUUCUGGCCUCUUUCGCUGAUCUGAAAGCUGAGCCUGAACUCUCUGCCUUUGCAGAAACAAGCAGUGCUGUGACGCAAAAUUCACAGAAGUUGGCGUGGAAAUGGGCAAAAGACAACAUUCGCACAAACACUCCUAAUGAGAUUUCAUCUCUGGUUACCUUCCUUUGCCUCCCAGCUGCUUCUUACAUCAAUGGAAAAGAAUUUUAUAUCGAUGGACAACAAACAGUUUGUGACCCUGUAGGAAUGUGGAACCAGGGCUGGCCUGGUAAUAGUACUUCCAUCCAUUUGCUGUGGCAAAUGGCAAGGGCAAGGUAA